UCAUUUCUCAUCCUUGAAUUAUGUAGUGCAGGUUAACGAUGUCAACAAGAAGUGUUCGACUUGUUUGCUUACUUAUUUGUUCUCUUGCCAUCAGCAAAAGUGAUUCUACAAAAGCAAAUGAAUUACUGAAACAAGAGAAACACGCAGAUCAUGCAUAUUUUGUCGAUAUAACAAUUGUUCAAAAUGCUGUAUCAAAAGGAGCAGUUUGCUUGGACGGAUCGCCUCCAGCAUACCAUCUCGAUCCAGGAUUUGGACAUGGAGUUCGAAACUGGAUUAUUCUACUCUCAGGAGGAGCAUGGUGCAGAAACACGACAGACUGCCUAAAUCGUUCCAAGACUGACUUGGGUUCUUCAACACUUAUGCUGCCAUUUAUAUUUUUAGGCAUUUUCAGCAAGAGCAAAACAGAAAAUCCAGAUUUUUACAAUUGGAACAAAGUCUUUGUUAGGUAUUGUGAUGGUGGAGCUUUCACUGGAGAUAUCGAAAACGUUGAUCCUGCUACCAAUCUUCAUUUUAGAGGUGCAAGGAUAUUUGAUGCAAUAAUCGAGGAUCUUUUAGCUAAAGGAUUAAAGGAUGCCAAGAACGCUAUUCUGUCCGGUGGUUCUGCUAACGGAUAUCCAGCAAUGCUAUACUGUGAUCACUUCCACAGUUUAUUGCCUAAAGCUCAUAGAGUGAAAUGCUUGGUUGAUGCUGGUUAUUUUAUCCGCGUGAAAAAUCCCCUGCUAACAAAUGUGUUCGAGUCCAUCUUUAAAGAUGUUGUUACUCUACACGGAUCUACUAAAGUGUUACCGAAAUCAUGCACUUCGAGAAUGAAACCAGAAUUGUGUUUCUUCCCAGAAAACAUACAACGAGACAUCAAGACGCCAUUUUUUACUGUAAUGUCAGCAUUUGAUAGCUAUCAGGUAAACAGUAUUAUAGGCUUUGAUAUCGGCGAAUACAUUCAAGCUAGAAAUUGCACUGAAAAUCAGAACAAUGCCUUCAAAGAAUUGAGGUCAGAAUUUCUAAGAGCUUUGCCAAAAGCAAAUGAUCCAAAACAAAGAGGAGUUUUCAUUGAUUCGUUUAAUCGUCAUACACAGCUUGAACUAUGGUGGAAUAAAAUCAAUGCUACUCCGGUUAAUAAUCUGACUACAAUAAAGGUAUUUGGUGAUUGGUAUUAUGAUCGAAAAUACUCUUAUGUGAUUGAUGAGCAUGACUUGCCACUCCCCGUUUAUUUGUACAACAAUGGUACUCUCAAGUCUCGUGGAUAAUUUUAUUACUAUAUCUAAUUUGAUAAACUUAUCAAAUAAGUAAUUUUUAAGUACCAUCAUUUAUGUUAAAUUCUAUUCAAUAUAAUGAAAGAAAUUUUUUGUGAACUUUCAAAUGUAUACUAUAUGAAAUAGUUGCUAAUAUAUGAAAAUUAUAUUCUUGAAACUUAGAUUGCACGUAUAUAAUAUAUAUAUAUAUAUAUAGUGACCAUGUGUUCGGCCUCCUCCAAAAAUGUUACUUUAAGAAACAUAAAAAUUAAUUAUGAUUAGGUUAAUUUGAGAUGUGGCUAUGUAACUAUUACUUCUUUUCAGAAAAGUUACUCAAUUUUUUUUCUCCAAUACAAAAAAUUACUUUGUUAUCUUUUCUAG